CAGGGUGAUGUUGGCUAAGGAAAACACAAGCAAGGAUGGCAGAGGUGAAGCUACACGGAUUUUGGUAUAGUCCCUUUACUUGGAGGGCUGUGUGGACCCUAAAGCAAAAGGGUAUACCAUAUGAGAACAUAGAGGAAGACCGCUUCAACAAGAGUCCUCAACUCCUUCAAUACAACCCAGUUCACAAGAAGACUCCAGUGCUAGUUCAUGCUGGAAAACCCAUAUGUGAGUCAAUGAUUAUUGUUGAAUACAUUGAUGAAACAUGGUCACAGAACCCAUUGCUUCCUGCUGAUCCCUAUGAGAGAGCUCUUGCACGGUUUUGGGUCAGAUACGCCGAUGACUUGAUUUCUUCAGUUGGGGCACUCUUCCUUAGUACUAGUGAAGAGCGGGAGAAGGCAAUAGAGAAGAUCUGGGAGCAUCUAAGAGUUGUUGAGAAUAACUGCUUUGGUGAAGAGAAGAAAUUCUUUGGGGGAGACACUAUUAACAUUGUUGACUUAGCUUUUGGGUCCGUUGCAAAAUUUAUUGAGAUUGGGGAAGAUAUCUGUGAAGUGAAGGUCAUAGAAGCUGAGAAACUCCCUCGCUGGCAUUCAUGGUUUAAUAAUUUCAAGGAUGUCCCAGUCAUCGCAGAAAGCCUUCCUGACCAUGAGAAAACGGUAGCUUGUCUCAAGUCUAUCAUAGAAAAAAGUUUGGCAGCUUCAAGGAAACGUUAGCUUUUAUGAAGUGA